UCUCCCAUCCCUAUGUCACAAACCCAUCAAAGCAUUAAACACACCACCACACACCCUUUACAAUGGCGCCAAAAUCACCAUUUUCUACAACCUCUCUUAUCCUCUUCAUCUUCAACUUUUACCUGAGAACCACCAUUGGUGACUAUGGUGGAGGAUGGCAAGGUGGCCACGCCACCUUCUACGGCGGUGGUGAUGCAUCCGGCACAAUGGGAGGUGCUUGUGGAUAUGGUAACUUAUAUAGCCAAGGGUUUGGCACCAACACAGCAGCACUUAGCACUGCAUUGUUCAACAAUGGGUUGAGCUGUGGUUCUUGUUAUGAAAUGAGGUGUGCUGGUGACCCUAAAUGGUGCUUGCCUGCUACCAUUAUGGUCACUGCCACAAAUUUUUGUCCCCCUAAUUUUGCUUUGUCCAAUGAUAAUGGUGGGUGGUGCAACCCUCCAUUGCAACACUUUGAUUUGGCCGAACCUGCUUUCUUGCAAAUAGCUCAAUACCGUGCUGGGAUUGUACCCGUUUCAUUCAGAAGAGUCCCCUGUGUAAAGAAAGGAGGAGUCCGAUUCACAAUCAACGGCCACUCAUACUUCAACUUGGUCCUAAUAACUAACGUUGGCGGCGCCGGAGAUGUCCACUCGGUGUCAAUCAAGGGCUCGAAAACUGGGUGGCAAGCAAUGUCAAGGAAUUGGGGCCAGAACUGGCAGAGCAACACCUACCUCAACGGCCAAACCCUGUCUUUCCAAGUCACCACAAGCGAUGGCAAGACCCUAACCAGCUACAACGUCGUGCCGGCGAACUGGCAGUUCGGACAAACAUACGAAGGUGGUCAGUUUUAGAGGUUCAGCCAUUGUUAGGGUUAAAAGAGAAGCUUAGUAUUGUUGCUGAGGUGGCUUAUUGGCACCCGCUUAAGGCCUUCAUGUAUUUUUUUUACAUUAUUGAAGGAUUGUGUGAGAUAUAAGUAAAGAGGGGAAAGUCCAUUGUUUUUGGGUUUUGUUUAAAUUUGUAGCCAUUAAAGACUAUGAAUUAAAGAUUGCUUUACUUAA